AGUUGCCUACAGCAUCGAGCGUUGCCUUACUACCACCAUCCUGAGAAAUACUUUCUUCUACCAGCUCAUCUACUGUACGUGAAGCGCAGGUCUGGACGAAAUGAGUUUUGGCUACAGCAUUGGAGACUUUAUCACCAUUAUUCGCAUCGCCAAGGAUCUCCACCGGCGGUUCAGGGAGGUUCCGCAACAGUUCAGUGACAUCGCAAAAGACCUAGACUCUCUACGCGUCCUUCUGCAAGAGACCUACCAGAAACUACCGGACCACGACACGACGCCGUCACAGGAACAGAGCCUAAUAAGCAUAGUCGGAGGCUGCCGAAGUGUGUUCGACGAGCUGAAUGGGCUGUUGGACAAGAGCAACGUAAACGACCAGGAUAGUAGCAGGGUCCGCACGUGGUGGAAGAGAGUUCGAUGGGAUAAGGACAAAAUCGGCGAUUUUCGCCAGCGUCUUGGAUUGCACGUGGACAUACUUUCUACAUUCCUCACCCAUUUGAAUACUGGCACAAUCGGGCAGCUGAAAGUCAACAUAGAUGACAUACAAUCUCGCGGAGAGGCUCAGGAGCGGCGCCAAUACAACGAACGUCUGGCUACCUGGUUUUCGAUCGUUGACUUUUCCACUCAACAAGCCGACUUCAUAUUUCGAAGACAAGAGGGAACAGGAAAGUGGUUCUUGAAUUCACCCAACUACCAGCAAUGGAUCACCGAGCCUGGAAAGGUUAUCUUGUGCACAGGAAACCCCGGGGUAGGCAAAACAAUCAUUGCUUCCCUGGUGAUUGAGUCCGUUCAGGAGUUAUGUCGCGCUGAUGACAACAUGACCUUCGCAUUCCUAUAUCUCAGCUACCAGCCUCAGCAGCGUCAGACGAUUCGAGACCUCGGUUGUAUCGUACGGCAGCUGAUUCGGUGCUCUGAAUCCGUUCCUGGCGAUAUUCAAACGCUGUUCGACCACCAUGAUCGACGCAAAUCACUCCCCUCAAUAGCAGAUUUGUCGAAGGCGCUGAAGGCUGCGGUGGCAGCUCGCUCGAGAGUCUUCAUCGUCGUGGACGCGCUGGACGAAUAUUACUCUUCCUCUCCCUCAGAACUCGAGGGCUUUCUCUCGACGCUCCUCCACAUUCAAAAAGAGUCUUCCUUAAGUCUCUUGGCGACUUCGCGUCCCCUUCCAGAUAUCACGUCCCGUUUCCAAGGAAGCUUACGCCAGUGGAUUCGAGCCAACGAUGACGAUCUAAGGAUGUAUAUCGAGAGUCGGUCGCCCAGCUUGCUUCGAAACCGGAUCGCGAAUUAUCCUGACCUGCAAGACUUGGUAAAUAACAAAGUCUUCACCGCUGCUGAUGGAAUUUUCUUCAUGCUGAAGCUUUUGAUGAACUCCCUGAACGAGAAGCUCACUCCAGGCAACCUUAAGAGAGCUUUACAAAACCUACCAUGCGGAGACGCAGGUCUGGAGAAACUUUACGACCAGGCCAUGAGUAGAAUCCAUUCGCAACCUUGCGACUCCAAGGAGCUCGCCAUGAAGGUCCUCAGUUGGCUUGUUCAUGCCCAACUCGCACUCCCUCUGGAAGCUCUUUUGGAUUCCCUUGCUAUUGAACCGGGAACUGUGGAAAUAGACCGCGACUUUUGCCCCCCUGUUGAAAGCAUUGUCUCUGUAUGUGCGGGCUUGACGACCUUUGAUGAGCAUUCGAAGACGUUACGUCUGGUUCAUAAAACAACAGAGGAGUAUUUCACGCAAAAUUGGCGUUUGCAUUUUCCGGAGGCCCACGCGUUCAUCACGGACGCAUGCUUAGCAUACAUGUCCCUGGACCAUUUCUCUGCAGGGGCAUGCAAAGACAUUUAUGAGUAUUUCCGUUGCUUGGAACAAUACCCACUUUACUCCUACGCAACGGUAAACUGGGUAUAUCACGCAAACAUGGCUGAGAAGUUUCCGGGUUUCUCAUUGGCUUUCCUGCAGACACCUUCAGAAAAUCUGUCAGCAUGUGCACAGUUCUUCAUACGGAGACUGGACCCAUGGAUAGAUAUUGGAUCUUUCCGCUCUGUCAGAGGCGUUCACCUAGCCGCUCUUCUCAAAUUCCCACAGAUAUUGGAAGACAUGAUUGCGGCCGGGCAAUCCCCAGAGUCAGAGGACGGUGGUGGCCGAAGGCCAUUGUGGUAUGCGGUUUGCAACGACCGUGUUGAGAUCGUCGAUCUUCUACUACGCAAAUACCAAGUCGACCCAAACCGCUCAUGUGGAACGGACGAGCCGGUUCUAUGUCUUGCCACCGAGAGACAAUCUGCGAACGUCGUUAAAGCACUUCUAGCAGAUCCGCGCAUUGACCCAAAUGUAGGUGGUUUUAGAGAGAGAUUGUGAAGUUGCUACUGGACGACGUUCGAGUGACGGUGAACGCACUCAAUAAAUCCGGAGACACGGCUUUAACGGCAGCUGCCUCGAAAGGCCACAAGGGAAUAAUGAGGCUCUUGCUUGCAAAAGAAGGGAUCAAUAUCCAUCAUAAGGACUCUGCUCAGGGUCGU